AUGGCGGUGUGGAGCGAAGAAGCCGGGCUGGGCUGCCGUGUGGCGUUGGCAGAGCGCAACCGGGCUGGCUGGUCAGCGCUGGCAUGGUUCGGCACUGAAUAUGGAGAGCGAGAGCGCUGGGCGGUUGGCGGGUGGCUGGCGGGGUGGCAGCGCUGUCGGGUAGCUGGCGUGGUUGGGCGGGGUGGCUGGCGGGGUGUGGCUGGCGGGGUGGCAGCGCUGGCGGGUGGCAGCGCUGCCGGGUGGCUGGGCGGGGUGGCUGGCGGGGUGGCAGCGCUGGCGGGUGGCAGCGCUGCCGGGUGGCUGGGCGGUGUGGCUGGCGGGGUGUGGCUGGCGGGGUGGCAGCGCUGGCGGGUGGCAGCGCUCCCGGGUGGCUGGGCGGGGUGGCUGGCGGGGUGGCAGCGCUGGCGGGUUGCAGCGCUGCCGGGUGGCUGGGCGGUGUGGCUGGGCGGGGUGGCAGCGCUGGCGGGUGGCAGCGCUGCCGGGUGGGCUGGGCGAUUCGGGGUGUGUGGCGUUGACGGUUGCGUGGCUGAGCGGGGCGUGGCGGCUGGCAGUUCGGGUGGCAGCGCUGGCGGGUGGCAGCGCUGCCGGGGGCGGGCUGCGGUUGGCGGGUGGUUAUUUUUGAAAAGUUUAUUCUCUAGCCAAAUUUGGUAA